GUUUCUGCUUACCAGUACUUACUUGCCAUUGGCAUCUCCGCGGCAAUAUUACAGCGGACUAUCUUUCCUUUGCACUGGACCACAAUCACCACCUGUAGCUAUAUCAUCAUGGAAGGCUAUUUGAUGAGGCAUAGCGCUACGAUGCCAUCACAGGUGUGCUUUUGCCGCUUGGACCAUGGCUACCUUCGAUUCUACACCUCUGCAGACAUGGCGUGCCUCGUGAGCGAACUCCGCCUUUCGGGCUGCAAGGUUGAUGUGAAGCCACACAAGCGAGUCGACAACAUUCCGUUCAGCUUCACGGUCGAGUCACAGCGCGUCCUUGUGAAGGACCGCACGUAUGCGUUGUCGCCAAAAACAGUCGUGGAGGUCAGUGGCCUGGGGCCGUCCGUUCGUUCCGAGUGGGCGCGUGCCAUUAGCACAUGGCAGCGGCAUUACUUCAAGGACGAAGAGCCAAAGACCGCAUUAGACCACGAACGUGAGCGCGAAAGGCUCGAAGAAGCGCUCUUGGUGUUCCGAAAAGUGGCCACUGAUACGCCUCGUGCGGCAGUGCCGCCUCCGACGCCGUCGUCCAUCCUUGGCAUUCGCCUUCCAUCGUUGCGCAAGUCCAUUAUCGGGGUGCUAGAAGUGCUCACGAGUCGAGCGAGGGUGAGCGAGUCGACCACGUUCAAUACUGCCCAGCCCCAUCCUGUCGCCACGGCGUGAAGAUUAUGUGUACCUGUAUGGUACCGCUGCCCAUAUUAUUGCAGUGCAUUACUGGUAAUAUUUAUCCGUGAAUCCAACCCCUUGUGAGUAUGCUUCAAAAAUCAGAAGCACUCCUAACAA